AUAAAUAUUUAUAAUUUUUAUAUUUAAUUUAAAUAAUUAGCAUUGAUAAUGUCACAAAUAUUUUGUAGAACAAAUAUAAAUAGAUUAAUUAAAAUAUGUGUUAGAAAUAGACAUGGACAUGGACCUGAUCAUUGGAGUAUGGCUAAAAAAAAAGUACGUGCAAGAGACAAAGCACUUCAUCAUUUUGAUGAUUUUUAUGCAUCAGUUUAUGCUGGAAUAUGGCCACACAUUAGAGCAGCAUUAUUAAAAGAGGAUUCAAAGUAUGUUGCUGUUGUUAAUAAUUUUGGUGAUGUUGAAGAAACUGUUGACAAGUUACAAUUACUUGGUGCAAUGAAUAUAAAAGAUUUAUACAAUGCUCAUAAACAGGCUAAAAUUGAAAGAGACACAAGAAGUGGAUUUAUUAAUCAAAAAAAUAAUGAUGAUAAUGAUGAAUCAAAUGAUGAAUCAUUUGGAAGUUUACUUGAAAGAAAAACAAAAUCUGAAUUACAAACAUUAUUUCCAAGUGAUUAUGAAGCAACUUCAAAUAUGGUUAAACAAAAAAAUAAUAAUAAUAAUGAUGACGAUGAUGAUAUUAUUAAAAAAUCACAUAAACCAUUAGAUCCAGUUAAAAUGAGAGCAUUAGAAAGUGAUAUUGCUACUGCUAAAAUUGAUGAACAUAGAAUUGUUAAACCGUCAAUUGGUUUGACAUCAUCAAGUCUUUAUGAAUAUAUACCUGCAACAAAACUUAAAGGACUUGAUGAUUAUGUUUUUGAAUCAGAUCAUUAUAAUUAUUAUACUAAAAGUGCUGAUUUUAAUAUAAAUGUUGUUAAAGAAAAUACAUUAAAUUUUCCUGAACAUUUAAAAAUAUAUACAUUUGAUUCUGAUAAUUAUUCAAGAUUUCCAAUUCCAAAAAGAAGCAAAACUGAUGUACUAAAUUACUAUUGCAUGGAUGGAGGAUCAAUAUUACAUUGCUACUACAAUGCUGAUAUUAAAUCUCUUGUUGCACUUCAAACAUUAAUGCCAAAAGUUCUUGUUUCUAAUGAUAAUAAAUUGGGUAGAGUUAAUCAGAUGAAUGUUGUGAUGAAUGAGUAUCUUGGUGAUUUAAAUGUUUGGGAAGGAAGAUUAUUUAUUACUAAUGCAGAUGGUCGUGAUUUGGAAGAUGUCAAUGUAUAUAACAAAAUUUUAGUUGAUGUUCCUUGUACAACUGAUCGUCAUUCUUUACAUGAAGAUGACAAUAAUAUUUUUAAACCUACGAGAAUCAAGGAAAGACUUCAGUUACCAGAAUAUCAAGCUAAAAUUUUACUCAAUGCUUUGAAACUUAUUGCACCAGGUGGUACUGUUGUUUAUUCAACUUGUUCAUUAAGUCCAAUUCAAAAUGAUGGUGUUGUUCAAAUGGCAUUAAAACAACUGUGGGAGGAAAGUGAUUCAGUCAUGAUUGUCAAAGAUAUGAAAGAAGCACUUGGACCAUUAAGCUGUAUUUAUAAAUUUGGCAAUGAUUUUGGAUUGAAAUAUGGACAAAUUGUUUUACCAGUUAAAAAACAUAAUUGGGGACCAAUGUAUUUUAGUAAAAUAGUGAGAAUUAAGUGAAUUAUUUG